CUCAAUCAUUGUCCGACGCCUCAAUGCAGAGCUGUGGGAAUGCGGCGAACUGCUCGUCUGCGCUUGCCUUUCCACUCAACUCUUCAACUACUGUGCGCAGGAUGCGGGGGCAAACGGCAGACUCCGUCUCCCAGCUCAUGCUUCCAUGGAAUCAUCCUCUCAUGCGCGUGUCUGACUUCUCACAUGCUUGAGCGUUUCAUAUUGCUUGAUCCGGCCCAUCGCUUCUCGUCAUCGUCGUUUAUCGAGCAUCUCUCCUUCACCCUCACCCUUGUCAAAGCGUUUAAAAGUCUGCUUGACUCGAGUGUUAAGGCUCUUCGCAUCAGGCGCCAUGUUCUGCACCCUGCUCGGUGCUGGGCUGAUUUGGAUCAUUGUACUCCCCUUGCACCUCGUCAAAGUGUCAGCCGCAAUGUUGAGCAACGAGGAGACGGAUGUUCGAUUGGGCGGCAGGCUGCGCCAUGGCACGGAAAUUGAAUCAUUUACGGAAAUUCAUAUGCGUACGAGCUCUUGCAGAUUCUUGCCCUUUCUUGCCUCCCGUAGUUGUCGAAUGCCUCCGCGUGUCAAUUUCAAGCAAGCAUUGGAGGUACUUGGUGCCUGGUAUCGCUUAGUGGUCGGUGAAUGGGACCCGCAAGGCGCAAGCAAUGCUAGAAUUGGCGCCAGGGACAAGGACUUCCAGAUGACCUAUUGGCCCCGUAUCUAUGCCCGUGUAAGCAGCCACAUGGAGGUGGAGUGCAAUCAGAAUCGCAAUAGCAGAUGUGCGGGGGGAUUUGCCCAGCACGGUCGCAACAGUCCGCAGCUCUUCUCGGACCUUUGUGAGAUGUGCCCGCCUCUUUUUCGGGUUGCAGGAGUCGCAACAUUCAACCAAAGGGCCCAAAUCCAUUACAAUACGACGAUCCAGCAAAUACUGACCGCCAUGACUCGAAUAGUUCAGACCCCAGUCCCCGGGCAGCCAGGCCUGUACUUGGCUUCCGGGCCUUGGGCUUUAUGGGAAAGGCUCGUGACUCGGGAUGCCACUUUGUCUUCACAUAAGGGUCUCAUCUCCGCUGCGGCCGCUGAAGAUUUGAGUAACUGAGCGCCGAGGACGCAUUACAUAGUGCGUUGACGACAGUCCGGCGACUGGACUACUAUCUCAAAUCUGAAUAUUGAAUGCUGAACGGGUUCAGUCUCGCAGAAUUGUACACGUUGA